AUCUCGCGAGAAAGGCGAGGAGGGGCGGUGUCCCGAGCCGAGGGAGGGAGGAGCCGCGACCGCCUCCGCCUCCGCCUCCUCCUCCGGCGGGAGGGGGCAGGGAGGGGACUGUCGCCGGGCUCUGGAUGUUCUGGGUAGUCUGAGCAGGAGAGUAUGAGGCGAGCUCCGGCCCGGGCGCGGCCGGGCUUCGGGCACGAAGGCGCCGCGGCCGUCUGAGUCGCUGCGCGCGAGGCCGGCGGCGGACGGUGCCGGAGCGGCGGACGGUGCCGGAGCGGCGCGGGAGCCGAGUCGCGCGCCGCGUCCCGCCGCCCCUCCCCCGCGGCGGUGCCCCCAGCUCCGCGGCCCCGGCGGAGCCAUGUCGCGGGGCGGCUCCUGCCCGCACCUGUUGUGGGACGUGCGGAGGAGGUCGCUGGGGCUGGAGGACCCGUCCCGGCUGCGGAGCCGCUACCUGGGAAGAAGAGAAUUUAUCCAAAGAUUGAAACUUGAAGCAACUCUAAAUGUGCAUGAUGGCUGUGUUAAUACAAUCUGUUGGAAUGACACUGGAGAAUAUAUAUUAUCUGGCUCAGAUGACACCAAGUUAGUAAUUAGUAAUCCUUACAGCAGAAAGGUUUUGACGACAAUUCGUUCAGGGCAUCGAGCAAAUAUAUUUAGUGCAAAGUUCUUACCAUGCACAAAUGAUAAGCAGAUUGUAUCCUGUUCUGGAGAUGGAGUAAUAUUUUAUACAAAUGUUGAGCAAGAUGCAGAAACCAACAGACAGUGCCAGUUUACAUGCCAUUAUGGAACUACAUAUGAGAUCAUGACUGUACCCAAUGACCCUUACACUUUCCUGUCUUGUGGUGAAGACGGAACUGUUAGGUGGUUUGACACACGCAUCAAAACUAGCUGCACAAAAGAAGAUUGCAAAGAUGACAUUUUAAUUAACUGUCGCCGUGCUGCCACAUCUGUAGCUAUUUGUCCACCAGUACCAUAUUAUCUUGCUGUUGGCUGUUCGGAUAGCUCAGUACGAAUAUAUGAUCGACGAAUGCUGGGCACAAGAGCCACAGGGAAUUAUGCAGGUCGAGGGACUACUGGAAUGGUUGCCCGUUUUAUUCCUUCCCAUCUUAAUAAUAAGUCCUGCAGAGUGACAUCUCUGUGUUACAGUGAAGAUGGUCAAGAGAUUCUCGUUAGUUACUCUUCAGACUACAUAUAUCUUUUUGACCCAAAAGAUGAUACAGCACGAGAACUUAAAACUCCUUCUGCAGAAGAGAGACGUGAAGAGUUACGACAACCUCCAGUUAAGCGUUUGAGACUUCGUGGUGACUGGUCAGAUACAGGGCCCAGAGCAAGGCCUGAGAGUGAACGAGAACGAGAUGGAGAGCAGAGUCCCAAUGUAUCACUGAUGCAGAGAAUGUCUGACAUGCUGUCAAGAUGGUUUGAAGAAGCAAGCGAAGUUGCACAGAGCAAUAGAGGCCGAGGAAGGUCUCGACCUAGAGGUGGAACAAGUCAGUCAGAUGUAUCGACUCUCCCUACGGUCCCAUCGAGUCCUGAUCUGGAAGUGGGUGAAACUGCAAUGGAUGUAGAUACUCCAGCUGAACACUUUCUUCAACCUUCUACAUCUUCUGCUGUGUCCGCUCAGGUUCAUGCAACAUCCUCUUCUACAGAAAGCCCUCAUUCUACUUCUUUGCUGUCAUCUCCAGACAGUGAACAGAGGCAGUCUGUUGAGGCAUCUGGACACCAUACACAUCAUCAGUCUGAUUCUCCUUCUUCUGUGGUUAACAAACAGCUCGGAUCCAUGUCACUUGACGAGCAACAGGAUAACAGUAAUGAAAAGCUGAGCCCCAAACCAGGGACAGGUGAACCAGUUUUAAGUUUGCACUACAGCACAGAAGGAACAACUACAAGCACAAUAAAACUGAACUUUACAGAUGAAUGGAGCAGUAUAGCCUCAAGUUCUAGAGGAAAUGGGAGCCAUUGCAAAUCUGAAGGUCAGGAGGGAUCCUUGGGUCCGCAGAGCUCAAUGCAGGCACCAGAAGGAGACAGUGAAACAAAAGCCUCUGAAGAAGUAUCAGAGAAUAUGCCAGAAUAUGAGGAAGGUACAUCUGCAGAAAACCCAGUUCAGAGCUGUGUAGAUAUAGCACAAUUAGAUAACUUCACAGCUGAGCCAUUGGAUUCCAGCUCAGGAGAAAGGAAUGAUCUCAGUCUUGAUAGCCCUUGUGGGGUUCCAGAAGAAUCUACUUUGUCUGAAAAAGACAAGGAACUGGAAACUGUAGAUCAGAACAGGAGUGAGAGUGCUGCCAUUGAAACUAAUACCAGUCCUGAGCCCCAGUCCCAAACAGAAGCCAUCGGUCCUUUGGCUCAUGAAGAAACAUCAGCCAGGGACUCUGCGCUCCAGGACACAGAUGACAGUGAUGAUGACCCAGUGCUGAUACCAGGUGCAAGGUAUCGAACGGGACCUGGUGAUAGGCGCUCUGCUGUUGCCCGCAUUCAGGAGUUCUUCAGGCGGAGAAAAGAAAGGAAAGAAAUGGAAGAACUGGAUACUUUGAACAUUAGAAGGCCUCUAGUAAAGAUGGUUUACAAGGGUCAUCGCAACUCCAGGACAAUGAUAAAAGAAGCCAACUUCUGGGGUGCUAACUUUGUGAUGAGUGGCUCCGACUGUGGCCACAUCUUCAUCUGGGAUCGGCAUACAGCCGAGCACUUGAUGCUUCUGGAAGCGGAUAACCAUGUGGUGAACUGCUUGCAGCCACAUCCGUUUGACCCCAUUCUAGCCUCAUCUGGCAUAGAUUAUGACAUAAAAAUCUGGUCACCACUAGAAGAGUCAAGGAUUUUUAACCGAAAACUUGCUGAUGAAGUCAUAACCCGCAACGAGCUGAUGCUGGAAGAAACCAGAAACACCAUCACCGUCCCAGCCUCUUUCAUGCUGAGGAUGUUAGCCUCUCUGAAUCACAUCCGAGCUGACCGGUCGGAGGGUGACAGAUCAGAAGGCUCUGGUCAGGAGAAUGAAAAUGAAGAUGAGGAGUAACCACCUCUAUUUGGCAAGCACUUGGAUGUUCUGGAAUUUGUAUAAGACAUUCAUUAUAUUUUUUUCUUUACAGAACUUUAGUGCAAUUUUAAGGUUAUGGUUUUUGGAGUUUUCCCCUUUGGGGGGAUGACCUAACAUUAGUUUGGAGUGAGUGUGUGCAUGAAUUUGGGAGAGUGCGUAAAACAAAACACAAAAUGUUUUUACAGCUUUCUGCCGUGUGUGAGGAGUGCUGGAAGACAAGGUGCAAUACGCUCCCUGAUCUGCAGGGGGCUCAGGACAGUGCGGAGGGUCCUUUUCAUUGUAGGGAGAAUGCGGGUCAAAUAAAUUUCUACACUUGCCGUUUGCAUGUUUGUCGCUUUGUAAUUAAAGAAGUUGGUUGUUUUAAGACAUCCU